AUGGUGGACAAAAUUUCGUUUAAAGAUAAAGUUGUUAUUAUUACUGGAGCCGGAGGUGGAUUGGGUAAGCAGUAUGCUUUGAGGUUUGCAGCAAGAGGAGCCAAAGUUGUUGUCAAUGAUCUCGGCGGGAGUCUCACAGGCUCUGGAAAUUCUACUAAGGCUGCAGAUAUUGUCGUCAAUGAGAUUAAGGACAGUGGAGGUAUUGCAGUUGCCAAUUACGACAACAUUGUUACCAAUGCAGAGGGAAUCCUCAAAACUGCAGUGGACAACUUCGGUACUGUUCAUGUUCUCAUCAAUAAUGCUGGUAUUUUGAAAGAUGCCAGCUUCAAAAAAAUGACCGAGAAACAAUUCACCGAUGUCCUAGAUGUUCAUCUUAAUGGCACUUUUAGGCUCACCAAAGCCUGUUGGCCGUAUUUCAAAAACCAGAAUUAUGGACGUAUUAUUAUGACAGCUUCUCCAGCUGGCCUUUAUGGAAAUUUUGGCCAAGCCAACUAUUCUGCUGCAAAACUAGCGUUGGUUGGUUUCAGCGAAACGUUAGCAAAAGAAGGUAACAGGUACAACAUCAAGGUUAAUUCCAUUGCACCAUUGGCAAAAUCAAGAAUGACCGAGACCAUUAUGCCACCCGAUGUUUUGGAGAAGUUGCUUCCAGAGAAAAUAGCUCCUUUGGUGAUGUAUUUAACUUCCGAUGAAUGCCCUUCUACUGGCUCCAUAUACGAGGUUGCCGCAGGCAUGUUUGCACAGAUUCGCUGGGAAAGAAGCGGAGGUCUUUACCUAAGACCAGACGAGUCGCUCACACCCGAAGCUAUCCUUAAUCGUUUCAAAGAGGUAUCUGAUUUUAACAAGCCUGGUGUUCAGCAUCCCACCGAGCUCAAUGAUUACAACAAGGUUUGGAGUGUUACAAGUAGCCUUCCAUCGAAUAAUCAAGGUUCAAUAAAAAUCGAAUCUUUGAAGGGAAAAGUUGUAAUCAUUACCGGUGCAGGCUCUGGAUUGGGAAAAUCCCAUGCAUUAUUAUUUGCAAAAUAUGGGGCUAAAGUUGUGGUUAAUGAUUUCAGAGAUGCAGAUACUGUUGUGAAAGAGAUUGUUUCUCAGGGAGGACAGGCUGUCGGAUCGAAGCACGACGUUUACUCUGAAGCAGAGGAGAUUGUUAAGACUGCACUAAAAUCGUUCGGCACGAUUGAUGUGUUGAUCAAUAAUGCCGGUAUUCUUAGAGACCGAUCCUUCGUGAAGAUGACUGGCAUCGAAUGGAAUCAAGUUCUCCAAAUUCAUUUGCUUGCAACAUUUAGAAUGUGCAAGUAUGUUUGGCCAAUAUUUCUUAAGAACGGUGCAGGUUAUAUUGUCAAUACCACUUCAACUUCUGGAAUAUACGGUAAUUUUGGGCAGGCAAAUUACGCUGCUGCAAAGGCCGGAAUCCUUUCAAUGACAAGAACCUUGGCCAUUGAAGGCAAAAAGCACAAAAUUAUCUGUAAUGCGAUAGCUCCUCACGCUGAAACUGCUAUGACAAGAACUAUUUUCAAGGCGUCUGAGUUGAACAGAUUUUCACCUUCACAGGUUUCUCCAAUGGUUGUGCUUCUAUGUUCUAAAGAAUUGGGAGGCGUUACUGGUGAACUAUAUGAAGUGGGAGCCGGAUGGAUUGGAAAUGUUAGAUGGCAGCGUGCUAAGGGAGCUAUUUCACACGAGAAGGAGAUUCCAGUAGAGUUUCUUAGAGACAACUGGAAGGAUGUUAUUGAUUUCACUCAAAGUGUGACUAUCAAGAAUGCCCAAGAAUCUACUAUGGCAAUUUUGGAGUCCAUCGGUGGAAAUGGUGAUGAGGAUGAUGAGGACGAGGAGGAUCAAGAUGGUGAUAACGAAAGCAGUGAAAAUGAGGCAUAUACCUACGAUAAUCGUCGUGUCAUUCUUUACAAUAUUUCUGUUGGCUCCUCGGCUAAAGAGCUCAAGUAUGUUUAUGAAGCAAACAACGAGUUUCAAGCUAUCCCUUCAUUUGGCGUUAUUCCAUUCAUGAAUCAGGAAGACGGAGGUCUUAACCUUGACAAACUUCUCAAAAACUACAAUCCGAUGAACCUCUUGCAUGGAGAACACUAUCUUAAGAUUAACAAGUUUCCGAUCCCAACGGCUGCAACGGUGACCACAAAAUCUUUUCCUAUGGCAGUUAUUGACAAGAGCAAAGCAGGAAAGCAUAGCAUUCUUGUUAGGGCUGGCUAUAAGACCUACGAUGUGAAAACAAACGAACUUCUCUUCACAAACGUUGGAUCAUACUUUAUUAGAAAUUGCGAAUCAAGAGAUGCAAAAUCACAUUCUUUCCAUGAAGAGGUUACUCCAUUUGUCUCUAUGUCAUUUACUGCUUUGAAGGAUAAAAAGCCAGAUUUUAUUGGUACUUUUAAAACGGACCAGAACUUGGCAGCCCUUUACAGACUUAACGGUGAUUUGAACCCAUUACACGUUGACCCUGCUUUUGCCAAAGGAGCACACUUCAGCAAGCCAAUUUUACAUGGUCUCUGCACUUUUGGAAUCAGUGCCAAGCUUCUCGUUGACAAGUUUGGCACGUUUGACGAGGCCAAGGUGAGAUUCACCCAAGUUGUUUUCCCAGGGGAGACAAUUGAGGUGCGUGCAUGGAAGCAGGGAUCUAUAGUCAUUUUUCAGACUCUCGUGAAGGAAAGAGACUGCAUUGUCAUCGAUAAGGCGGCAGUGAGAUUAAACGGUACCAAGCCUAAAUUGUAG